UCCCAAAGAACUCACUCAAAGCGGUUGCACGAUCGAGCAGCGUCGAGUAAGAGGUCGACGGUGGUUCGCCGCCGGUCUACCCGUGUUUACAAUUCAAACCUGCACUUCUCAUUCCGCGAGUAUUUUUCACAACCGGAAGAGACAUCGAUAGAUCCCAAGGAUAUUUCAUGAGUUCCUCCAUGAAAUCCGAAGACGUGAAGCACGAGGAUCCGGCGAAUUUCGAACGGGCGAUCGUGUCAACGGGCUAUGGAAAAUUCAAUUACCUGCUGUUGCUGGCGGUAUUACCAGCCAGUUUCUCCAGUAUCUUUUCGUCCUCGUCAAUGUCCUACGUGCUACCAUCUGCCGAAUGCGAUCUCGGGCUGACCAUGUUCGACAAGGGGCUGCUGAACUCGAUGGCGUUCGCAGGAAUGAUCUGCACGGCGUUUUUCUGGGGUUGCAUGGCCGAUAUUUUCGGCCGUAGGAAAAUAAUGUUCUAUGGUUACUUGGUGACCGGUCUGCUAAGUCUGGCGACAUCUUUUUCACACACUUCUUGGCUUUUGAUAGUAUGCAAAUUUUUCGACGGCGUGAUCAUAUCUGGCCCAUACGCAGCCCUUAUGUCGUACUUGGCGGAGAUUCACGGCGAAACGCAUCGAUCGCGCUCGUACAUGUGGCUCGGCGUGUUCUUCUCGCUCGGAAAUAUUUCCCUGCCAUGUGUAGCGUGGCUCGUGAUACCUCAAAAAUGGGACUUUACACUUUUAAAUGGAACGAUAGAGAUCAGUUCUUGGAGGGUGUUUUUGGCGAUCUGCUCGUUACCCGAAUUCCUAGCAUGCAUCGCCCUGUUUGCCUUUCCGGAGAGUCCGCGUUUCCUCAUUCUGAAAGGUCGGCACAGCGAGGCGUUGGACGUCUUCAAGAAAAUUUACUCAUUCAAUACCGGGAAAGACCCUGACACAUAUCCGAUAAAGUCUCUUGAGGAUGAAUAUUACGUGAAAUCUUCCGGGGAACGUGAUCUACGGGAUAAACUGCACACUUGCUGGAAGCGAAUCAAGCCGUUGUUCUUUCCGCCCAGCGUCUUCAAAUUGAUACUCAUAUCAAUGAUACAGCUCGGCGCAACGACAGGGUCAAACUCGCUCCGACUUUGGAUGCCGCAGUUAUUCGCGAUGAUCGAGAGCUACAAGAAUAACCUCCUGAAGGAUGAUAAGCACGCGUUAGGCUUGCAACCAUCGUUCUGCUACAUGUUGGGUCAGGAAAAGUCGCAUCACAAUUCUACUCGAUACGUCAACGAGACGAUGGACAAGGUUGCGUGCGUGCCGCCACAUUUGAACUCUCGAGUCUUUAUCAACUCCAUCGUGAUCGCCGUUACAAGUGUUAUCGGCUAUACCUUGGCUGGUUCUCUGAUCACGAUAGUUGGAAAGAAAAAAUUAAUGGCAAUUUGCUUCAUCGUCGCUGCUGCCUGUUGCGGCUCGCUUUAUUGGGCCGAGGAUACUAACGGCAUCCUCGGAUUGUCUUCGGUAUUUGUCGCGAUGUCGAGCAUAGGUGGAGCGGCCGUUGUUAAUGUUGUCGUCGAUAAUUUCCCUACGUGUCUAAGAACCAUGGCGGUCAGUAUAACCAUGAUGAUGGGGAGAAUCGGUGCGGUGAUGGGCAAUUUAUUAUUUCCCGUUUUAUUCGACUUAUCCUGCCUGGGACCCUUCAUCAUGAUCGGCUCGGCUUCUUUAAUAUCUGCCCUUUUGGUUGCUAUACUACCUCGGAAACACAACGACGUACCAAAGGAUACAGUUUGAUGCCGCAUUUCCGACACAUGUCGCUCAAUGUUUCACUCUUGUGCGAUGAAAGAAAAAAAAAAGAAAAUUACAUGUCAACACGUAUUUUAUUUUUUUUGCGCAUUUCAACGAUGACGAGUUAUAGUUAUACGCUCUUCUCCAUUAUGUAAAUACAUCUACUCAUAUAUCUGCAACUUAUGUUUCGUACGACACACAUUAGAAAUAAUUUAAUGCCACUGCAAAGCAUAACGAUAACAAGAACAUUUCAAUACGAUACAAAUUUGCUGUUUAUCCGUUUUCAAAUCCUCCAGUACGCAAUGCGCGACGCAGAGGCGUGCGACGAAUCACCUCGCUCAAGGAUUUCUCUAGAUGACGAGAAGCGUCAGCGCAGCCAACUCUGCGGAUUUCCUUCGGUUCGCUCGUUCAGUUUAGCGUGCUGAAUUAGUAAAUACGGUACGACUCUGUAAAUAUCACUGGUUACGCGUCUUCUUAUCUUAUCAUGUACAUAUCGACGCAACGCGUGUGCAAUGUAGAAUAACGGUUACGACAGUCUCCAUGACGUUCGCGACCGGAAUAAAAAAUAAAAUCAAUUGAUGAAACAAAUUCUA